UGUUAUAUCACAAACUCGAAAGUGUCUCAGAAACAAGUAACGGUGUUUUCCGUGUAUAUAUUUAUUAAAAUUAAAAAAAGUAGUUAACGGCCUGUCUAAAAAGUAAUUAAAAUUCAUCAAGAAUGCGUGCCUACAGCUGUUUAGUAAUUCUUGCCGUCGUGAGCUUGCCAGCUCAGCUAUUGGUCAGCGCCGAAUCUUCCGAGGCGGCUAACACGUCUGCGGCUCUGCCAGCUACUUCUACGCCCAUAUGCGAGGAAACCGUCUGUCCGCGCCUAUAUAUGCCAGUUUGUGGGUUGGUUGAUGGUGAACCAAUGACAGCGCCCUCCCGCUGUGUUCUCAACAAUAAAAUCAGAUGCUCCGCGAUAUUGCAACGGACUUUAGGCAACAAAAUUCCUACAGUACGCUUCCUACAUAGCGGAGCUUGUUCACCGAAAGCAGAUAAAAGCAUUAGAAGGCGUCAGAGUAGAGAUAUGGACUUAGAAAACAUCGAAGAUGACGCAGGUAAAGAAGAGAUUAACGCAGGCGAAGAAGAGAUUGAUGCAGGAAAAGAAGAGAUGGACGCAAAUCAAGCACUAGCUGACGAUGCUGAGGCAGAUAUGGACGCAGGUAAAGAAGAGAUUGCCGCAGGUGGAGAAGAGUCCGACGCAGCUAAAGAAGAGAUUGACGCAAAUCAAGCACUAGCUGACGAUGCUGAGGCAGAUAUGGACGCAGGUAAAGAAGAGAUUGCCGCAACUCAAGCAGACUUGGUUGAUAAGGAAGCACUAGCUGACGAUGCUGAGGCAGAUAUGGAUCAUGCAAAAGCACUAAAUGAUGGGGAAUAAUAACGGGAACUAGCUGCUGUUCGUGUGUUGAAGAGAGACUCUCCUUUGUUUUACCAUAAAUUCUGUUAUGUUUGUGUCUUGUGCUGAGAAAUAGCACAAGUUGUGUGUUGAAGAUAGAUUCGCUUUUGUUUUGCGAUAAAUUCUGUUAUGUUUGUGUGUUGUGCUUAGAAAUAGUCCAAUAAAAAGUUUCUGUUAAGAAAG